UGUUGCUGUUAUGGAUUUUUAAGUCGUAGAAUUUGUGGUUAUUUAUGUAAACUUUCUGAUAACCAAUGAAAAACAACUGAUUUCAACCAGCUACAUGUUUGAUUUUGUUGCAACGUUGUAAUCCCACAUCAUGAUUCAAAUAGCCUUUUCACCUCUGAAUAUCAUAAAAUCAUUAUAAACCAGAAGUAUGGAUCCAAUAGACAAUGAAUGGCUUGGAAUCAAGACUGAGCCUAUUGAUGAUGCUCCCCAAGUCGGUAAUGCUGUCCGUAGCUGGCAGUGGCGGGAGCACGGCCUGGAUCCUCCACACAGUCCGGCCAACAAAACUGUGCUUGAAAAUAUUGCCGAGGAUAUCUUAGUGCAGAAACCACUUACUAUAAGAUCCUGCGAUUUGCCAGGGUACCCCAGGUCUACAUUUCUGAUGGUUUUCAGUCCUGAUGGCACAAAAGUAGCGUCAACUCAUGGUAACCACAAUGUGUACGUGUCAGAGCUGGCGAGUGGCAAACAUGUGAGGAUAUUAAAGGGGCAUCCUCGGACGCCAUGGUGCAUUGCUUUCCAUCCGUCCCAUCCGCAGCUCAUUGGCUCGGGCUGUCUCGGAGGACAAGUCAGGGUUUGGGACAUAUCCAGUGGUGGCAGUGAAGUAUGGAACGUGCGGAACGAGACAGUGAUAGCUUCCAUCGCCUUCCAUCCACGAGAGCAACUGCUGGUGAUUGCAACAUAUAACGAGUUGUACUUCUGGGAUUGGAGCCAGCCGGCGCCUUUCACUAGGGUAUCCACUAACAAUGUUAAUGAAAAAGUUAGAUAUGUAGCAUUCGACGCCCUAGGCUACAAGCUGAUAACCGGCAUAUCUCUCUGGACCACCGGGCCCUCCAGCAACGUCACAACAACUUUACUACAACACGGUCCCCCAACCAUCAUGCUGAACCGGAGGGACGACCCGAGCGAAGGCCCGAGUCGACCCGAGAACCCCGGCACGGCCCAGGACAUGAUCGUGAACUCGUAUCAGAACCUGGUGCAGCGGUAUGACAGCCUGGUGAGGAACUACCAGAGGUUGUUUAUGGUGCGCCAUAGACUGACUAGUACGCCGCCGCCGCCGAAUACGACGGACCGGGGCACCGACCCCAUGGAGACGGAUCUCGCGCCCCCGCCGUGCUUGCGCCACGCGCGCCCCUCCACUUCCACUGCCAAUGAUGACGCACAACCUUCUCCUAGUACAUCGCGGCGGCAAGACGCGGCCGAAAGAAGCGACGGGGAGGGCAGCAGCAGUCGCCUCUUGAACCUCGACGUACUAUCUAUUGAUGGAAACCCGAGAAGUCAAAAUCCAGAGACACCGCAACAGGAACAUUCCAUUUUUGGGUCGCGAUCGUCAGCAUUCCAACCCCUCUCCGAAAGCACCGGCAGGUCUUUCCGAACGAUAGACCAGAACGAACGCACACGCUUACUGCCCAACCCCUUCUCUUCGGCGGGCGGCCUAUCCCGGUCUAACAGAGUGAAUUUUUCGGAACUGUCGUCUUCGAACGCGAAUUCGUCCCGCACGAGCUUGUUCACGGCGACGUCGUUCGCGAAUAUAGCGGCGCAGCGGCGGCGCCAGCACCUCGCGCACAUGGCCAGCGCGCUGCAGAGCGAGAGCGCCUCCACCUCCUCCGACGCGUCCUCCACGCCCUCGUGGCCGCGCUUCCGCCUGCGCCCCGACACGCCGCCCGCGCCGCCCGCCGCCAGGCCCGCCAUGACCAACUCCUCCACCCAGAUGAGCCCCACCAACGCCCCCGUCGACGCGCAGGCGAUCAACGAAAGUCUAGAUUUAAUACGCGACAUACUGAGGGAUUCGGGAACGAGAUUAUUAAACUUGAUAACGAACAUGUCGCUGUCGACGCUGGCCAGCGUGGAGCGCGGCGGCGCGCGGCGCAGGAGCGCGUCGGGCGCGCGCUCCGACGACAGCGAGGGCGGCGGCCGCCCGCGCGUGCGCCCCCGCGUGCGCCUCUUCAGCUCCAGCCUGCGCCGCGACCUGCUCUCCUCCAGCUCCGACUCGGACAGCGACGAGUCCCUGGACAUCAACAUCUUCCGGGCGCGGCGCACGCCGCUCCAGGUCGCGUCCGGCCUGCUCCGGCGCACGCAGUCCAGCUCGCCGGCCGCCGAGCUCGCCGGGCCCGCGGACGGCGACCCCGCUCCGUCCGCCGCCGACGCGGAACGGGAGCGAGGCCCGCAACCGGAGAGUAGACCGUCCACCGACGCCCCCGACCUCGGCGCCGAUCGACCGUCUACCAGUAGAGAUAACUUCUGGACGCGAGGCGGCGUCGUCCCGCCCGACGAGGCCUACAGAAGAGUCAGGUGGGGGGUUCACGCCUUACAAAAACACGCUCUGCUGUUGACCAAUAAGUGGUUGCGCGGCAACAGAACGACCAUGCGCGAGCUUCGCGCUAUGUGGGAAAAUUUACGCAGGAGAAUAUUAACGCUGCAUAGGGAAACCGGGCGACAAGACUUGCCCAGCUAUUAUACUAGAUCUCUGUUAGAGAGAUGUAUGUUUUUAUCCGAAUUGCAUAGCACGAGACCCGCCAGGCAUAACGCACGAAACGACGAAAGCGGGAGGAGCCAGUCGGAGAGACGGGACGCUCCAGGAAAUUCUGAAACCGCGAGCGGUUCCAAUGUGACGGGGAGUGAUCUUAACACUUCGACAGAAACUAAUACAGACAACCGCGAGCCUCGCCCGCGGCGCUCCCCGCAGGCGAGGUCUUCCCCGAGCGUGCGCGCCUCGCCCUCCACGCGGCGCCGGCUGCAGUCCAGCUACAGGUGGCGGCCCGAAGACGAGAUUCGUCGGCGGUCUCGAAAUCACGCCGCAAACCGCUUAUCUCACAGGCACCCCCACAGCAGAUCUCGAAGAGAUUUCGCACGCGUCAUUGAAAUAAGCGCCACGAGACACGAAAUCAGAAUGCGAGCCAUGCAAGUUCUCUCCGUAAUGUUCAAUAUGAUGAUGAUGUGUUUGGAGGAGAGAGGUCUGAGUCAACUUAUUAUAACUAUGUUACGUACUCUAAAAACAGCUUUAGGUUUGACUUGCCUAAUGCUGAUGACGAAUAGAAAUGCCGCGAGAUCCGGCAGUAAUUCUGGCAGUUCGAGCACCCGGGUAGAUUCGUCGAAUGUAGUCCGCAUUCAAAACGCCGAGCACUCGGGCCCCGUGGAUGUAGAUGUCGACGGCCCUGAUGAAGUCAUGUCUCUCAACAACCCGACUCUCCUUGGCGAUCCGGAGCCGGGAGCUGUCCCUAUCCAAAAAAUAAAUAAUGAUGGUCGCGCCGCUGAUAGAGAAAGACCGCGAACUUCGCAGUGCGUAGGAACAGGAACAAGUACCACGCAAGAGGACUCGCCUCCCUCUCAUUCUAGGACGCAGAAGUGGAGCAAUCGGCUCGCGGUUCAAAUAUCAGCUGCAAAUAGGAAUAACUCGGCGACAGCAAGAAACAGAAGAGAACUAUAUUUAGAGAGCAGAAGACUUAAAGCGCUGCACAGGACCAAUCCAGGUGCACAUCCCAUAGUUAAGAAAAGAGUUCCUCCAAUAUCUCAUCACCGGAUCCCGGCUAUGCGCUUCGUGCCCAAUAAAGAAUCCGGUAUCAAUACUUCAAAAAAUGUUCCUAACACACUCGACGAGCCGGUCGCGGGGCCUUCGAACGCUUCUCCCUCGGGUGACAACUCCAGACAAGAAUCGCCUCGCGCGUUAGACGAGUUCGAGCAGAGGGUCCAUUUAAUUCGCCUAGCUCACAUGCAAGCGGUGAGAUUGCGGUCGGCGGCGAGGAAUCGCUACCGACGCUUACAAACCAUUCGAUUGUAUACGCCGUCCUCGGUGCGGGAGAUGUUCGCUUUGCAAUCUAACAAUCCGGAAAAUCAGCAGCCAGGGAAUAGGUCUCCGAGCGGACCGGAGUUCGGUCGAGGGCGGCCGUUCGCAGUGAACAGGCCCCACUUUCUGGGGCCGCGGCCCGAGCAGGACCGAGAGGAGCCUAGCCAAGUGGCCGGGGUGGUGGAGGUGCUGCCGAUGCCCGGCGUGAACAACGUGGCGGCGCUGCUUCAGGCCAACGAUCACAACGCCAACGACGCGACUAGCCCGCGGCACAGGCUGCCGCGCAUUCAAGAGUACCUGCAACCAAUUAUACUGGCACAGAACGCCAUGGCGGUGGAUGAGGAGCAGGGCGGCGGCGGCGGCGCGCGGCGCAUCAGCGGCAUGGCGGGGCUGCUCGACUCCGGUAUACUGUCCGACGCGCUCCCGGCCCCCGCGCACCGCGUGCAAGCCUGGGACUUCACCACCGGCGACACGCCCGACAUCGCCGACAGUACAAAGAACGUGGUGGUCCAAAGAUGUCGCAUACACAACGACGCAAGUAUUGACAUAUCAAAAGACGGGCGACUGCUUGUGGCGUUACUGCCAGUGCCGCGGUUAAGGAACACUAACCAUUGGCUGGGUGUGUACUCGUUGGAGUGGUCGCGACUAGGCCAAUGCCUGCACACAGCGGUGUUAGAGCAGAGCGCGGUCUCAGUGGCCUUAUCUCCCACGGCGCGACACCUGGCCGUCGGGCUAGGGUCACGGCGCUUCACCACGCUGCCGAACGCGCGUAAUAGCGUGUUUGCGUUGCUCUUCCGACUGGACCCGCACGAGAGUUCGAGCCGCACUGGUCUGUCUCCCAUCAAGGAGUUGGAACAGAACUGGGAGCAAGGCUUCACGAGCCUCAACUGCCUGCGCUGGGCGCCGCAGCCCGGCCAAGGGCUCGUGUACGCCAACAACACCGGACAACUCAUCAUCAUGAGCUAGGUCUACUGAAUUACCAGUGUCUUCGUGAGUCUACUGCCGCCAAUGGGCCCCACAUUUUGGCUACAGCUUAUGCCAACUUUGCAUCCAUGUACGCUUUCCACGAUUGCGUGUAAAGGAAGUAUCUACGCUUGGCUACCACUGACAUUUGCAGAUGCACAGUUCUGAGUGCUAGCCAGAGGAAAAACUAGACCUGACUUUAAUCAGGUGGCAAUAACAGUUGUUAGACAAGCUCUCAAGCUACUCAAGACUGGCAUAACGAAUAGAAAAGCACCGAGUACGAUGAGAGAUUUAUUAUGACGAACUCUGAACUUAUACAGUGAUAUAUGCGUCUGUGACUAAAUUAUUUGACCAUAGAUUCAAAGUUUACGCUACCAGAAAGAAACAGAAAAUGUACGCGAAAUUAAACUUCAUGACCCUUUACGACGACGUCAGUUGUAUUACGCUUAGAUUAAGUAAAAUAAGCGUUUUUUAACAAUAUCAUAAAUAUAAAUAAGACUUGUUUAUUUCGAACCUAUUAGAAAAUUUGUUGUCUAAAUUAAUUAUAUUAUUUAUGUAAUAUUAUUUCGAGCUUGUGUUUUAAAUUAGUUGUAUAAUUUUGAUCUCGUGAAUUAUAUUGGAUACAAAUU